AGUCCAGUUCCCAUUACGUCAUCUCUCUAAAAGCUUUUAACAAUGCAGGAGAAGGAGUUCCUCUUUAUGAAAGUGCCACCACCAGAUCUCUAACAGAUGUCUCCACCCCCAUGCUCCCACCAGUAGGUGUACAGGCUGUGGCUCUUACCCACGAUGCUGUGAGGGUCAGCUGGGCAGACAACUCUGUCCCUAAGAACCAAAAAACAUCUGAAGUGCGACUUUACACUGUCCGGUGGAGGACCAGCUUUUCUGCGAAUGCGAAAUACAAGUCAGAAGACACAACAUCUCUGAGUUACACAGCAACAGGCCUCAAACCCAACACAAUGUAUGAGUUCUCGGUUAUGGUAACAAAAAACAGAAGGUCAAGCACAUGGAGCAUGACUGCCCAUGCCACCACGUAUGAAGCAGCCCCGACCUCUGCUCCCAAGGAUCUGACAGUCAUUACUCGAGAAGGGAAGCCUCGGGCUGUCAUUGUGAGUUGGCAGCCUCCCUUGGAAGCCAAUGGGAAAAUUACUGCUUACAUCUUGUUUUACACCUUGGACAAGAACAUACCAAUUGAUGACUGGGUUAUGGAAACAAUCAGUGGUGAUCGACUUACUCACCAAAUCAUGGAUCUCAACCUUGACACUAUGUAUUACUUUCGAAUUCAAGCACGAAAUGCAAAAGGAGUGGGUCCCUUGUCUGAUCCCAUCCUCUUCAGGACUCUGAAAGUAGAACACCCUGACAAAAUGGCUAAUGACCAAGGUCGUCAUGGAGAUGGAGGUUAUUGGCCAGUUGAUACUAAUUUGAUUGACAGAAGCACUCUCAAUGAGCCACCCAUUGGCCAGAUGCACCCCCCACAUGGCAGUGUCACUCCUCAAAAGAACAGCAACCUGCUUGUAAUCAUUGUGGUCACCGUUGGCGUCAUCACAGUGCUGGUGGUAGUGAUCGUGGCUGUGAUUUGCACCCGGCGUUCUUCAGCCCAGCAGAGAAAGAAACGGGCCACCCACAGUGUUGGCAAAAGGAAGGGCAGCCAGAAGGACCUCAGGCCCCCUGAUCUUUGGAUACAUCAUGAAGAAAUGGAGAUGAAAAAUAUUGAGAAGCCAUCGGGUACUGACCCUACAGGAAGAGACUCUCCCAUCCAAAGUUGCCAAGACCUCACACCAGUCAGCCACAGCCAGUCAGAAACCCAGCUUGGCAGCAAAAGCACCUCUCAUUCAGGUCAAGACACUGAAGAAGCAGGGAGUUCUAUGUCCACUCUGGAAAGGUCACUGGCUGCACGCCGAGCCCCUCGGACCAAGCUUAUGAUUCCUAUGGAUGCCCAGUCCAACAAUCCUGCCGUCGUGAGCGCCAUCCCUGUGCCAACCCUUGAAAGCGCCCAGUACCCAGGAAUCCUUCCAUCUCCCACGUGUGGAUACCCCCACCCGCAGUUCACCCUCCGGCCUGUGCCAUUCCCGACAUUAUCUGUGGACCGAGGUUUCGGAGCAGGAAAAACAGUGAGUGAAGGACCAGCCACCCAGCAGCCACCCAUGUUGCCCCCAGCACAGCCUGAGCAUCCCAGCAGUGAGGAGGCACCAAGCAGAACCAUCCCCACGGCCUGUGUUCGACCAACUCACCCACUCCGCAGCUUUGCUAACCCUUUGCUACCUCCACCAAUGAGUGCAAUAGAACCGAAAGUCCCUUACACACCACUGUUGUCUCAGCAAGGGCCUACUCUUCCCAAGACUCAUGUUAAAACAGCCUCUCUUGGGUUGGCUGGAAAGGCAAGAUCUCCUUUGCUUCCUGUAUCUGUACCAACAGCCCCUGAAGUAUCUGAGGAAAGCCACAAAGCAACAGAGGAUCCAGCCAACGUGUAUGAACAGGAUGAUUUGAGUGAACAAAUGGCAAGUUUGGAAGGGUUAAUGAAGCAACUUAAUGCCAUCACAGGCUCGGCCUUUUAACACGUGUUACCCACUUGAUGAGGUGUACUUUCUGGGAACGUUGCAGCAUACCAAUUACCCAUAAACAGCACACCUGUGUCCAAGAACUCUUAACCAGUGUACAGGUCAACCAUCAGGACCACUCAGUUAUGGAGGAUCCUGAAGCAGUUCCGAAGGAAUAAGUGUCCCUUCUUUCAGAGGCAUCAGGAAUUUCACAAUGAUUAUUAUGGAGUCCCUAAACAAAAGCAAAUAUGUGUCUUCACUGCAAUGUCAAAGCUGAAGCUGCUAGACUAGUCCUGGGUCUUUGCCACUGCAGUGACCACACCGUCAUAACUACUGUUUAUGUUUUCCUUCAUCAAGGCCUGUCAUUUCCUUUUUCUGUAGGUCUAGUCUCACAAAAUGCAAGUGCAUUAUUGAAGCCUGUCCCAUGCCAUGGCAAAUCAGUGCGAGCUCAUUAUUUUGUUUUCAACUUCAAAGUACAAAGUGCCCACUGAAAUUCUCUCACUACAUAGCACCAAAGGAUUGGAUGUUUGCUUGACAGCACAAAAAGUAAAUAAGUAAACAAACAAAAGGCAGCGAAUGCUUAUGUUUUGUAACUCAGGCAUUCAUCUUGCACAAGUGCAGGAUUUUAGCAAGUUGCUGUAAAAUUCACCCAUUUUUGCAAGUAUUUGUCAAUCUGCCCUUGGUUAAUAUUUAUGUCUGGAGAACAGGAAUAUAAAAAUCUGCAACUAGUGGCAUCUUGCCGGUAGCAGUCUGUUUCUUGAAAGAGGAUACAAUAUGCAAUCUUCUCAGACACACCGUAAUUAUGUGCUUAAGCUUGUAAUAGGACACUUUUCGAUUUGGGUGGCUUUUGUACCAUAUCACACUGUGAUGACAUUUCAAGGUUUCACAAGGCCAUCUUCCUCAGAAGUCUGGCCGAAAGUGUUUCCACCUCCACCACACCCCCUACAUCCUGUCCCUUCCUGAGUUCUCCAUGGCAGCCAGCCUUGGAUGAGGUGGCCAGCUCCACACACUGCUUGGCCUGACCAACGUCCCUGUCACCCUCUGUGGAAAUGGCAGACUCCCUGAGAACAGACCCUGAGGAAGGGAAGGAAAGUGAAGGCAGUUGCAAACAGUACCUGCCCUUGAGUGAGAUGUCACUUCCACCACCAGGCUCCUCACUGACUUAGAGGGAGCAGUUUUGGCCAGUGGCGACCACCAGGCCCUGUUGUCAAGGGAACCUACACUCUGCCUGCCCAGAGUCACAGAGGAGCAGAGAGGAAGGUGUCACUUAAUGAUUCUGACACAUUAUAAAUCCAGUGGAUGCUUUUCUGAGCUGCAUCUUCAUUGUGAAGUAGAAUUUUAAAUUUCUAUCUCCAUGUUUAUCUACAGCUUGGAACUAGGUGAAAAUAAGAACAUUUUGUGUGUACCCUUUUCUGAAUUUUCAGCUGCAUUUGGAGUUAAUCCCUGUUUAUGCAGCUGAAUCGCCAAAAGGGAGCUAAUUUGCAUAUUUAUCAGUUAGGCGACUUGAAAACCCAAUAAGAGAGUUUCAGCUGAAUUAUUCCUUUCAGCUCUGUCUUUGAUUUCAAGCUUGAGUAGGUCAUAAUUUUAAAAGAGCAUGGAAGGGAUAGGAUCUUUACAACCUAAUAGCUCCUUUUAUUAGGUGGGUAAUUAUAUAUGAAUCCCUGAAUAAAAUAUUUUGAGCAAAAUGGCACUGUAACAGAAGUAAUAAUUCAGAUUAUUUUUUUACAGUUUUAUGUCGGGAAGGAAAUCUGAUGUCAAAGAGAGGGCUUGUUCAAAUGGUUCAUUAGAAAGUCCGGUCCAUUUGUGAAAUUGUUCCUUCAACAAGAGUGCUUCUUCAAUAUACUAAGAUUUUCUUGAAGUUCUUCUGAAGAGCUACGUGGCGUUAUUCUAUGGGGCAUAUUAUUCCUGUUCAAAAUCUGGGCACUUAGGUAGACAACCCUCCACUGACCGGGAAUAAGGCAUUUCCUAACAUAAUCCCAAAUCUUGCAGAAAUAAUUCAUUACUUCAGAAAAUGUUCAUUAGGCUAGCUUUACCACUCGAGGUCCUACAUGCUUCCCCCUUUCUAGUACUCAUAAACAAGGAACAUUCUCUGAUGGCAUUUGCUAUCCAAUGAAUGACAUCGUGAGUGAUCUGUUUGAUAUAGGCUACAAGUCUCAAAUUUCAGAUAGAGUCACAUCUUCAGUCUAUAGACUAUAUCUGGACAAUCAAGAGAACUAGCAUUUCAUAAAAUUCUAGUUGACUCUAGUCAAAGUCACUGAUCUUAACAAAUAAAAAUUGUUAAAACUACAUGAAAAUAUGCAUUAUCUGUUUUCAGUGAGAGGUGUAUUUCUGGUGCAUGCUCCUGAAACUUUCUGCAUUAAAAGAAUACAAUGGUUUAUUUUACUAAUUUGUAAUGCUAAUAAGGCUUUGCUUCAUGCCUUGAAGAUAUAGUAGAAUCCAUUUAAAUUCUCUCAAGAGACUCUCAUGUGCUUUACCCAAUGGUUUUAAUGUGCAACGACUUCACUACAACUUUUGUAAAACUCUGCUCCCCACUAUCUUGAAGAGUUUGCAUUUAUAUACGACUGCCUGCUCAAGUUUUCAGGUAACUUUGUAAUUUCCCUGUGUUCUGAUCUCUUGACAAGAAGCAAUCUGUGAACACUGCAAGAUAGCCUCUAUUUUCUUCCUACUCUGAGCCUACUUCAUAACAUCCAGGGCUCUUUAAGCUCAUAAAUCUCUCUGACUCCCAUAGGGUGAUGUUUGACAGCCAACCAGCAGCUCUGACACCAGGACUCAUUUCUCCCUGAAUAAGAAGAAAAUAAAACUUGGCAGGGUCCGCUCAGUCCUCCCCUGCACUGCGCUGAACUGUCAGGCAAGAGCCUCCUCUUGAAAAAGUUUCGUAUUUUUCUGUUGUAUUUCAUACUGAUAAGAAAGCAAUUUUUCUCUCCUCUAGAAAUUUCUGCAUUUGUUAAAAUUACAAAAAUGCAGAUAGCCCCACAUGCGUAAAGCAUAUUUGGAAGAAGCUCUGGCCAGAAGGUAAACAUUUCUUAGUGAUUCACAUUCAAUAAAAAACCACUCAUAGCUACCUCUUUGUAGAAUAAUGCUAUAAGCUUCUAGAAUAUUUAAAUAAUGGAACUUUACAUUUGGGUGUUAUAAAAUGCACACUCAAUUGAACAAUCUGGGGAAUAAAAAGAGAGAGGGGGGAAAACAGAUCAAGCCAGGGAUAAAAGAGGCGAAUUUAUUAAGACUUCCUGUGUGGGAUUGGAUAAUAACAUUAUUCUCUUCAAAAUAAGGAGUGUUCAAAAUGACGUGUAUGUUUGGUCCUCUGCCUUGGUAGCAGCUACAAAUGGAGAGAGAGGCCCUGCAGUAGUAUGUUGUCCCAGACAAUAUUUGGAAAGUUUCAAGUUUGGCACUGAUUGGCUUUUCCAAUAAAGCAUCUCUAAGUAGGUUUUUCUGGAAACCUUCAUAGUCUGUGUUUGAAGGUGAUUGUGCAUUCUUAUCCACCCUUUUGAUACAUCUAUCUGUUGAUUUUGUUUAGAGAAAUAACUAAAAUCUCCUCCAAAUUUAAUAGAGGAUUUCACAUAUGGCAGCUGAACUAUAACUCCAACACCAACAACAAAAUGUCACCUCUAAAGAAAUCGCCGUGCCAUUUCCGAUGAAAUUGGAUCCCAGACUCAAACUUGUGGUUUUAGAGUUUCCAUUUCUAGUCCAUGAGACAAGGAAAAGUAGAAAAACAUGUUCUUGUUUUAGGUAUGUUUAAAGAAAGCAAAAUCAUCUGAACCUUAAAAUAGGUGUGGAACAAGGUUGCUUUCCUUCCCUCAGUCAACUAGUUUACUUCAUGCCAUUGCCCACUGUCCUCAAAGCCAGUUACAACUAUCUUAUCCUGUUCAUAACCAUGUAUACAAUACAGAACCCAUACCAUUCUACAUCUGCAGAAGCAGGCACACACUCAAAUCUAUAAUCUCUCUCUCUUCUAAAAAUUUCUUUUGAAGCAACAUUUUACUCAUAAUGUCUAUUUCUCUCAUGAAUUUCAGAAGUCACUUAAAUGUUGCACAGAAAAGCCUUUCGCUUAUUCCAAUGAUUUAAAUCACAUUAGAUACCUAGAAAAUCAUAGAUAUUUUGAGUGACGUUCCAUUCCAAUGCAAAAGACACAUUCCCAUGCUUUGGCAUACUUUGCUAUCGAAGUACUUGCUUCCAAAAGGUAACAAUGAAAAGAAAUGCCUGCUAUUUCCCGGUCAGUGAGGUUAUAUAGGAAACUCCAUGCCACGCCCACAUCCACAACUACAUAUUACUUCCGCAUUCUGCAUUGCCGCUGUCGGGUAACGUUCACUUGGCGACUUCUGGCUGCACUCUCUGAAGGAUUUCUUCUCCUGCUCUCAGCAGAGAGCCUUUGUACAUUGCCAUCCUAUAACUUUUUGUUGGUUGGAGAGCAACAGCAAAACUCUACAAGAUGUCACAGAUGCAUGGGCCAAGGGAUCUCACUGUGUGCUGAAAGUGUAUUUUCAGAUGCAAGAAAGGAAUGUUGGAGAGGAGAAGAAAUGUCGUUUUUUAUUAUUGUAGGGUAAACCUGGCAAUUCUGAACUUUGUGAAUUGUCAGCUUGU